CUGUUCAGCACUCUCCUGUGUGGAUCUUUCCUAUUUCAGAGUACCGAGUAAUGACGACCCCUCUGUCCUGAGCGAACAAAUAUUUACCGUCACGGAGUCAUCGGUAUUUAGAAGAUGGAGUGCAUUACUUCGAUUACGGUGCUCGCCAAGUCUCACGAUACUGGAGCACGCCACGGAGCUGACCCGCUCCUCAAAUGGGCGCUUCUGAAACGCGGCGCGGCCUCCACCGCCAGUGCAUCCCGGAACGCCGUCCCGGACAUGUCGCCGGUCCGGCGCUUACGCGACAAACUGGCGAAAGCGCACCUGACGAUGACUGCCGACCGCACGGAGACGGACGACGAAGGCGACGACGAGCAGGAGCGCAGCUUCGGCGCGCUGAACCGUCAGUUCGCCGAACGCUGCACCGCGCACGGAUUCAACCGCAUCGCGUCCACUCGCAACCUGCGCCGAUUCCUGUGGGUCGCCGUCGUGGUGGUGGCGGUGGGUGGGUUCCUCUACCACAUCAGCUUCCUCACGGCCAACUACUUCUCGUACCCGAUCAUGACGGCCACCGAAGAAGUGCACGCCGAAGAGCUCCACUUUCCGUCCAUCACCGUGUGCAACCUGAACCUGCUGCGCAAGAGCUCCUUCGACGACUACCUCAAGGACAUCGCGGCCCGGGCGGGCAACCCAAGCAUCGCUGCCACGACGACCGCUGUGCCGGACGGCGGCGGUGGCGGCGGUGGCGUCGCCGCUGCGAGGACGGCGCACGGCAAGACGCGGGACAUGUUCUCGCCCGCGUCCAAGGGCUACUCCGGCAGUGGGAGCGGCGGGAACGGCGUGGACGACGACGAGGAAGAGGUCUGCUACAAGUCGGUCGACGAGUUCCUCAAGAGCAGCCGCACCAUGGACCUGAGCGACAUGUGGAUGAACUUCAUCGCCACCAAGGACCAGCUGCAGAAGUUCGGCCACCAGGCCAACGACCUCGUGGUGCAGUGCACCUACAACGCACGCAACUGCUUCGACGAGAGCCAUUCCAUCCUGCGUGUCGAAGCGUACCCUUCACCUCGAUACGGACUCUGCCAGACGAUUCGCUUGGCCAACGAUUCCAUGCGAAAAGUUCGGAAGACGGGUCCCACUUUGGGAAUGCGCCUAACCCUGAACAUCGAGCGCAGCGAGUACCUGGACAUAAUCUCGCCCGAGUUUGGAGCUCGGAUUCUGAUUCACCCGCUUGGCACGCUGCCCAGCCUUGAACGGGGCGGAAUAACACUCACACCUGGCAGCAAGAGCUACAUCAGCAUAAGAAUGCGCAAGAUCGAGAGGCUGCCUGAACCAUAUCGUGGAUGCAGCAUGAGUUUCAACGACAGCAGGAUCACGCCGUACCUCCGCGAAGUGGGCCUCGACGACCUGAUUCAACGCUCCAUCUACACGUUCGACUUUUGCCAGACACUGUGCCGCGAAGCGGCACUGCUUCGAACAUGCGGCUGCCUCGACGAACUUUCGACUUCCGGACGGGCCCCUUGCGACCUUUGCAACGUCACUCAAGCUCGGUGCCGUACACGUUACCUGCGGACCUACACGUCCUCCAGCGGAGGCCAGCAGUGCAAGGCGCUUUGCCUUCCCGAAUGCGUGGAGGUGCGGUACGACCUGACGACCUCCCAAUCGGAGUGGCCGAACUUCCGGCAGCAGGCGUGGGCCAUCAAGAGGUGGCCUCUGCUCAACAAAAGGAUGCAGGACGCUGGCAUCCGCUGGCAGGAGGUGCUCAACACCACCAAUGACCGCUCCUUCUUGGACGAACUGCUAGCCUUCAGGGGCAACUUCAUGAGAGUGCACAUAUUUAUCCAGGAAAUGAACUACCUCUCCGUCCGCGAUCUUCCUGCAUACCCCCUGCCGCAGCUGUUCGCCGACCUGGGCGGAUGCUUGGGCCUCUACAUCGGCGUGUCGGCCAUCACCAUAUUCGAGUUCCUGGAGCACGUCUUUCUGCUCGUGAACCACCUGUGCGAGAGGCACUGCGGUUGCUGCAAGAGGCAGCGCGCCUCGCAGCGUCCGAAGGCCGAGUGGAGGCACCCGCCGCCCGCGCGAGGCGAGAAAGCCGACGAGUAUCGCACGGGAGGCGAACAGCAGCAACGGCGCAAGCCCUGGUCCUUCCUGAUCCGCGAUCGGGAGUACCCCGUGCUGGGCAGGCCCCCGUCGCGCUCUCCUCUCUUCCGCACCGUGUACUCGAGCUCCAGAGAUUACGCAGCGCCACCUGCCGGUGCUCCGACGAGGAGGCCGCUCUACCUGGGUUACACCGUUCCCCAGCACGUCGACGACGAUGGCGGAUUUUUCGGCAGGCGCUUCCAAACAAACAAGGACUCUCUGGUGGCCAGGGUGCGGAGCCAUCGCAGCGAUGAAUCAAGAGAACACAUUAGACCUCGUAUUCUCUGACAUUCCGUCACUAUGUGGAUAUUAGCCGACAUGUAGGACGUCCUCACCUCAAGGCAGCAAAUUAUACUAGCCGUUAGCACCACAUUUAACGGAUAGCUGGUACACUAGACGGAACGGUCAUCAUAGAUGUCACAAUAAGCGCACUGGUCAUCGAAGAUGCCAUUAAGCCCCGCUUUGUUGUCUGGCUCUUUCACAGUACUUCUUGUAGUUCUUGCUAUACUAGUAAGUCAGGAAAUAGGUCGUCGCACGUAGAAGCUUCCUUGAUUUUCGCCACGGGCCCUAUGGAUCUGCUUUGCAAGCUUCCAUGGAAGCUACACGAACUCCUAUGACUUAAAUGAAUCCCCCACCUGUGUACAGCUUGGAGUUUCUCCGGUGUACUUCAGCAUGCUUGCAAUGCGCCCACACUUUUGCGCACGUGUCAGCACCGUUCAUGAUUUCAUCUAGCCUUACACACUUCAUUUCUUGUAUUGUGCGUUACCCGCGUCUACCAACUUUGCUGGAAACACCUUAAUAGUCUCCACUGACCAUUCAUUACCUUGCAGAUUUUCUACAGUACGAGUAACUGCGAGAACUCAUACACGAUUUGUUUACCGGGAGACUUACCCACGCUCCUGUCAUUUGUGACACGAAGUGGCUACUAUAAUGAGGAGUCCUGGAGCGAUAUUUUCAGCCAAUCACUCUUGCAGAUAUUUUCAGCGGACAUCACCUGCUUAUGACAGCGGGCAGGCUGCCCAUUGAUGCGAAGCGCCCAACAGCACGUCAUGCAAAAGUGAAACUAUCCCCCGAAGCCGUCGACCAAGGACAACGGAAACAGACGGGACACAGCGGAAGAACGCGGACUACUUUAUGUCUGAAGCGGCGACGCACUAUAGGUCGAUAGUUUGAGUAGGUUGCAUUAAGAUAUAAUCGUGCAUUGUAGUCUAAGAGUCCAGGCUCGAUCCAUAACAGAUCGGUCUACAAUUAUUCAUUAUUGAAAAGAAAAAAAUAAAGUAACAUAGUGUGUCAGUACUCCUUCAAACUGAAAUUCGCUUUCCGCGCUGGCGGGUUUAUACCGUACUGCCGCCGUCAGACUUUCACCGGAAGAGGUUGGCUUGGCACCCAAUUCGGCUUCCCUUGCACGCCAACAAUGAAUCGAUAAACAACCAUCGUAAACAGUCGUGCCGCGUCUGCGCGAAAGGUCGG